AUGAUCGUACCACGUCAAUCCCGUGCCCCGACCGGUACACACCCCUUGCCCGGGUCCCCCCUUCAUAGUCACACCCCCUGCCCCCUCAUGCCAUCCGCUCCCCCCGCCCCCACCCUCCGCGUGCCCGCUCCCUUGCCGCCUCUUUUGACCCUCCCUGCCCCCCUCGCCGUUUCCCACCACCCGCCAUUCGCUCCUCCCCGCCCGUGCGCUCCCCUCGUUUACCUUCUCCUCCCCCCUCCCCUCCUCUGCUGCACGCCUCUUCCUUCCCCUCGCCGACCCACUCCACUCCCUGCCCCUCCUCAAUCCGCACCCUGCCCCUCGUAUCUCGCCCCCCUAUGCUUGGUUUCUCCCCUCCCUGCCCCUCGCCGCCUUUCUCCGCUCCCCACCUCCCCUCUCUCCCUGCCCCUCCACUCUCCCCCCCUUGCCCUUGGCUUCCUACCUCCCUGCCCCACCUUUUCCCCCUCCGUGUGCUCAGCUUCUCCCCUCCCUGCCCCUCCCUCCUCCCUGCCCUGCCCCUCAUUUUCCGCCCCCCCACGCCCGGUUUCUCCCCUCCCCGCGCCUCCCUUUCUUUCUCCGUGCCUCUCCUUUGCUCCCUCCCUGCCCCCGCCUGCCUAUGCCCCUGUCUUUGGCUUCUCCCCUCCCUGCCCCACGUUUCUUCCCUCCCUGCCCCCCCUCUUCCCCUCCCUUGUUUUCCCCUCACCCAUUGCUUCUCCCCUCCCUGCCCUUGAUUUCCCGCACCCCUGCCCUUGUUUCCUACCAUCCAUGCCCCUCGUUUCCCCCCUUUGUACGUUCAGCCUCUUCCCUACCUGCCCCUCCCCUCCUCCCCCCCUGCCCUUUGCGUUCCCCUCGUUACGCUCCCUUCUCCCCAUCCCUGCUGCCCUCUUGCCACCAUCAGCCCAUCCGCACCACCAGCCCCCCUCCCACCCUUCUCUCCCCCCCUCCCUUUCCCUCUCUCUCUCUCUCUCUCUCUCUCUCUCUCUCUCUCUCUUUCUCACACACACACGCACACUCCCCUCCCCCACCCCCCACCCACGUCCUCCCAUUCCGCCCCUCCCUGCCCCUUUCCCACCCCCUCGCACGCCCCUCACCUCCCACCUCCGUGCAACUGGUUUCCCCCCUAUGGUGCCUCCCUUGCAUCGCUCGCCCCUCUGCUCACCCUCUGCCCGCCCCUUUUCCGUGCCCUCAGCUGGCCCAGCCCCUGCCCGUUGCUGCCCCUCCCCUUGCCCCCUCAACUCCCCUGCCCCCCGUACACCCCAGUCCCAUCCAACCGCCCCCACCCUCCCCCGGCUGCCCGUUUCCGCUCUCCACCCCCGCGACCUCACACCCCCUGCCUCCUCAUGCCAUCCGCUCCCCCCCGCCCCCACCCUCCGCGUGCCCGCUCCCUUGCCGCCUCUUUUGACCCUCCCUGCCCCCCUCGCCGUUUCCCACCGCCCGCCAUUCGCUCCUCCCCGCCCGUGCGCUCCCCUCGUUUACCUUCUCCUCCCCCCUCCCCUCCUCUGCUGCACGCCUCUUCCUUCCCCUCGCCGACCCACUCCACUCCCUGCCCCUCCUCAAUCCGCACCCUGCCCCUCGUAUCUCGCCCCCCUAUGCUUGGUUUCUCCCCUCCCUGCCCCUCGCCGCCUUUCUCCGCUCCCCACCUCCCCCCUCUCCCUGCUCCCCCACUCUCCCCCCCUUGCCCUUGGCUUCCUACCUCCCUGCCCCACCUUUCCCCCCUCCGUGUGCUCAGCUUCUCCCCUCCCUGCCCCUCCCUCCUCCCCGCCCUGCCCCUCAUUUUCCGCCCCCCCACGCCCGGUUUCUCCCCUCCCCGCGCCUCCCUUUCUUUCUCCGUGCCUCUCCUUUGCUCCCUCCCUGCCCCCGCCUGCCCAUGCCCCUGUCUUUGGCUUCUCCCCUCCCUGCCCCACGUUUCUUCCCUCCCUGCCCCCCCUCUGCCCCUCCCUUGUUUUCCCCUCACCCAUUGCUUCUCCCCUCCCUGCCCUUGAUUUCCCGCACCCCUGCCCUUGUUUCCUACCAUCCAUGCCCCUCGUUUCCCCCCUUUGUACGUUCAGCCUCUUCCCUCCCUGCCCCUCCCCUCCUCCCCCCCUGCCCUUUGCGUUCCCCUCGUUACGCUCCCUUCUCCCCAUCCCUGCUGCCCUCUUGCCACCAUCAGCCCAUCCGCACCACCAGCCCCCCUCCCACCCUUCUCUCCCCCCCUCCCUUUCCCUCUCUCUCUCUCUCUCUCUCUCUCUCUCUCUCUCUCUUUCUCACACACACACGCACACUCCCCUCCCCCACCCCCCACCCACGUCCUCCCAUUCCGCCCCUCCCUGCCCCUUUCCCACCCCCUCGCACGCCCCUCACCUCCCACCUCCGUGCAACUGGUUUCCCCCCUAUGGUGCCUCCCUUGCAUCGCUCGCCCCUCUGCUCACCCUCUGCCCGCCCCUUUUCCGUGCCCUCAGCUGGCCCAGCCCCUGCCCGUUGCUGCCCCUCCCCUUGCCCCCUCAACUCCCCUGCCCCCCGUACACCCCAGUCCCAUCCAACCGCCCCCACCCUCCCCCGGCUGCCCGUUUCCGCUCUCCACCCCCGCGACCGUGUGCGGCUUCCAACCGCCCAACGGUGGUGCGCACGGGGCGUUUCUUCGCACGGGCAAGCCUCCCCGGGGGGCCCCCACCCCGCUGA